AUGGUUACCUUUAACUGUGAAGUGUGUAAUGAUACUGUUCCUAAGAAGAACACUGAAAAGCACUAUAGCAGGUGUCCUGACGCUUACUAUACGUGCAUAGAUUGUUCCAAGACUUUUGACGAUGGUGUUAGCUACAAAAACCAUACUCAGUGUUUAACUGAGGAUGAAAAGUAUCAGGGAGCUCUCUACAAGGGCAAAGGGAAGGGCAAGAAGGAACAACCUAAGAAGCAGGAACAACCUAAGAAGGAACAACCUAAGAAACAGGAGGAACCUAAGAAACAACCGGAACCUGCCAAGACCGCCGACAAAGAACCUAAGAAGUCUUCCAAGGUUUCUAAACCAAAAUCAACUCUACGCUCAGAGUUGAAGUCCGGUAAAAGUCUCUACGAAAUUUUUGAUUCUGUGGACAAGAAACUGAAGAAACAGCUAUUGAAAAAUCUGAUUGUGGAUGAAAAGGGUCGUGUAAUUUUGAAAGAAUGA